CAUGUGUUAUGGGGCUAGUAGUUUCAUUGUCAUAUGGUGAAGAAACUUACAGAAAAUGGAUGGGUGUUUUUACCUUUCACCAGUAACUUGUAUCCAAGAAAUGGAAAACCCAAAGAGGAUCUGACACGUUGCCUAACUGGCGUGCUCAUCACUGCAUUAUUUCAAUUCCAGUCUUCCCUACCACUCCUGGGAAAACUUCAGAUGUUAUUUAAAGUCACUUUUAUGACAGAUAUAAAAGGAAUGCAGAGAAACUGUGUUUUACUGGAUUACAGUUCCUGCACAGCAUCUGCACUAUUCAGCACUAUAAUUUUUCAUAUGCAUUGUGCUACGUUUCCUUACAGUAAACAGGGCCAGCAUUUUCCCUGUCCUCAGAAGACCUCAAGAAAGCAUUCUAAGUGCUUGUUCGAGCAGCAUCGGCAGAGGCAGAGCAUUGUUUCCACAGCUGAUACUCCAUGCUGCCCCGCCAUGUGCAGAGGCUGGGCAGAGACUGGAUCACCCACUGGAAUGGCUCCCAGAUACUCACCUUCAGCAGCCCAGUUUCCAACUGUAUGAGAUGGGCUGGACACUAUCCUCCCUGGGCCUCGUUUCCACUCCCUCUUUCAGCUGAUUGUUCAGCAAACUGGAGAUUCCCUCCAUUUUUUGGACCUUGGAGGCAAUUUCAGAACUCUAAUUGGCAUCUUGAUAACUACACACAAAGCUGUUGCUUUCACCUACCCAACCCCAGUAUGAAAUCUGAAGGAGAAGAACCAUCGAUAAAGAAGAGGAGACUCAGUGGCCAGGAUGAUAGUUCAACUCCUGAACAAGAAACAAACUUAUCUAAUCAGAAGGAAGCAUCUUGUCUUUCUGUAGCACAGAAUGAAGAAAAACAUGGCAGCAAGAAAGGAAGCAUCAAAAGACAUUGGGAAUAUUUCUGUCAGCAGAGUAAAACAAUGAAAAUCGCUCAAAAUAAAGGAUCUGACCAAAGCAGUACAGGAAGUGAGGCAACAUUUGAUUUUACAGUCAUGUCCUACAAUAUUCUCUCACAGAAUUUGUUGGAAGACAACUCUCACCUGUACAAACACUGCAGGCAGCGAUUGCUGUUCUGGACAUACAGAUUUCCCAACAUCCUACAAGAAAUCAAAGAGCUGGAUGCAGAUGUGCUCUGCUUACAAGAAGUCCAAGAAGACCACUAUAGAACAGAGAUCAAGUCAAGUUUGGAAUCCCUGGGGUAUCACUGCGAGUAUAAAAUGAGGACAGGCAGAAAACCAGAUGGCUGUGCCAUUUGCUUCAAAACUUCCAAAUUUAGCCUGAUUUCCUCAAACCCUGUGGAAUUUUUUCGCCGUGAUAUCCCACUCUUGGACAGGGACAACGUUGGGCUGGUGUUGCUGCUGCAGCCCAGAUAUCACUGUAAAGCCAAUGCUGCCAUCUGUAUUGCCAAUACACACCUGCUGUACAACCCAAGGAGAGGGGACAUCAAACUGACCCAGCUUGCAAUGCUCCUGGCAGAGAUUGCCAGUGUUGCCCUGCAGAAGGACGGCUCCUUCUGCCCGAUUAUCAUCUGUGGGGACUUCAACUCUGUUCCUGGCUCUCCGUUGUACAGAUUUAUAAAGGAAGGAAAGUUAAAUUAUGAAGGACUUGCUAUAGGGAAGGUUUCUGGACAAGAACAGUUUCCGAGGGGACAAAGAAUCCUAUCUAUCCCGAUUUGGCCAAAAAAAUUAGGUAUUUCACAAAACUGUGUAUAUGAAAUAAAACAGCAACAACAGGAAGAAAAUGCAGGACAAAAAUUGGAAGCAGCAAAACCAGACAACACUCAGGAGAUUGUAAUAGCAUCUGAAAAGUUGUCUUCGAAAUUGAGGCACCAUUUUAAGUUGUCUUCAGUCUAUUCUCAUUACUUCCCUGAAACUGGGAUACCAGAAGUGACAACCUGUCAUUCCCGAAGUGCUGUCACCGUGGAUUAUAUUUUCUAUUCUGCAGCAAAUGAUGAUCCUGCUGCCCAGCCAGGAGCAGAGGAUUCUUUUUGUGGAGGUCUGAAACUUCUUGGCAGGCUGGCACUUCUAACAGAGAAAGAUCUUUGGACUGUUAAUGGUCUUCCCAAUGAAAAUAACUCUUCUGACCACCUGCCAUUGCUAGCAGAGUUCAGGCUUAUUGAACGGUAAUUUUCCAAAGAACUUUUGGUGUAGGUAAAGUUCCCUUUACCUUCUCUCUUCAUGGGAUGAUUAUUAUUUUUUAAAGGUUCAUUCAAGCACUGCUGGUCGGGUUUAAAUAAGCUUACCUGCAUGCUGAUCUGUUAGUGUUGUGUAAAGUAGACUUUCUAAAGGGACUUUCCUUUUUUUAAAAAAAAAAUAAAAAGCUGUUUCAUUUGCUUUAUGAAGUCUUUUAGGGAGACAAAGAGAAGAUUUUACAUUAGCUUCCUCUUUGAUAAUGGAAAACAUCUGUGCCAGACUCAAAAUGGCAUUAUUUUUCAUGGAUAUGUUGUAAAUGAUUUUAAUUGUAAAUCACAGUAAAAAGGACUAUUCU